UAGAUAGAAGAAAAAAAUAUGCGGCAGUCCCAUUGGAUCCGUUCUAUUUCACGAGGAUCGCUAAACAAGUUACUUCUCCACCGUCGAUUGAAUAACCAAUCGAACGGUUCAAAACUUCUCAGUCCGUAAGUCGAAUGUCGGCCCUUUUCUCAACUAUCCCAUAUAAAAACCGCACUUCUUUUUCCGGAGAAAGAUUCACGCCCAAAAUUUUUUUCUCCGUUUGUUUCUCGAGAAAAAAUUACAGUGAAAUUCAUUUUAAUUUCCUGUUUUUGAAGUGAUGGAUGCCGGAGGGAAAGUGAAGAAGGGAGCAGGAGGAAGGAAAGGGGGCGGUCCAAAGAAGAAACCGGUGUCUCGCUCUGUGAAAGCCGGCUUACAGUUUCCUGUUGGUCGAAUCGGUCGUUACUUGAAGAAAGGUCGUUACUCUCAGCGUGUGGGGACAGGUGCUCCCGUUUACCUCGCUGCUGUUCUUGAGUACCUUGCUGCUGAGGUUCUAGAGUUGGCUGGUAAUGCUGCAAGAGACAACAAGAAGAACAGGAUCAUUCCAAGGCAUGUUCUUUUGGCUGUGAGGAAUGAUGAGGAACUUGGGAAGCUAUUGGCUGGUGUGACAAUUGCUCAUGGUGGAGUUUUACCCAACAUCAACCCGGUUCUUCUGCCGAAGAAAAAUGAGAAGGAGCCGAAGGAACCCAAGUCACCAUCCAAGGCUACUAAGUCUCCAAAGAAGACACCUAAGAAGGCUUAGUCUAGUCUUUGCUUCUUGUUUUUCCUGCGUGUAGCUUCCUUUUGUGUACUCUGGCUGUAGAAAAAUGUUGAUGUUGGUAGUAAUUCAGGUCCAUUGUAGUUCUAACUGUCUGUCUUGUCUGCAACAUGAACAUCCUGUUUGGAAUGAAUGAAAUGAAAUUUCCAUGUUC